AAUCCGUUAAUGUAAUUGGCAGUGCUGGGUGGUCGAUAUGUAACAAUGCGAUGCAGGUUCAUUCCUCUUAUCCUUUGGUGUGCCGGUGCAUCGCGACGUCAUGUGACAAAUGCUUCCUUCAGUCUUUUUGAGGAUCCCAGUGAUUCUUCAAAUAGUGACACAUCGCAAACAGGUCUCUCUACGGAUGCUAACAAUGUUAGACAGGCCAUUCCACCGGGAGCCGAUGAUGGCGUGGCUCCGCAAUCAAUCGCUACCUCUUCACAACCUCAUGACAUGAGUUCUUCUCUUAUAUCGCAACCUAAUGCUAUCCAUGACCCUAAAUUAGAUCGUGUCAUACCAAUUCCAGGAUCGGAUUCUAUAAUUGGUGAUGGAUCUACUAAUGAAGAUGAUAACGAUUUAAUGUACUAUUUAACUCAGUAUCGAUCUCGUGUUCGUCGUACUGUUGAGGGUCAUUUAUGUGCUUCUGCUUUUGUUGAGAAGAACCAGAUAUACACCGAUUGUACUAUGGAGGUAGCUCCAGACGGUACUGUGAACCGUGAGUGGUGUUAUUUGGAAUCGCAGUUAAACGGUCAGUUAGAGCGUGAUUGGGGGUUUUGUGUACCUCCAUUGAAUUAUGAAAACAUUCGUGGUGCCGUUUUAGGUAAGAUUCGUGAGAAGGCUGACCAGGGCACUGAGUUAAAGCGUGCUUUACUGAAGCAUAGGUCACUUUUAUUAGGUAUGGGCCGUCGUCUAUCUAUAUACUGUGGCUCUGGCCACAAGGGCUUUGAACGAUCAUUAACACGUCUUAAGGAGAUGGUUCAGAGUUCAGAGGACUCUCUGAAGGCUAUGCGUUCGGUAUCUAACGACGUGGUUGAGCUCAAGGCAGAGAUUAAGAAGGACCAGGAACGUUACAAUGCUCUGCGCCUUAAGAUUCCUUCUGAGGUAUUGACCCAGGUUAGUGACGGCUUACUUGGUACUUAUUACUCCGGUCAUCUACUGGAAUUUCCUGCGUAUGGCAGUCGUAUAGACCGUGAGUUGAACUUUGUCUUUUCUGACUUUAUGCCUGUUGUUGGUUUGAAUCCUCAGCGUUUCUCUGUUUUGUGGCACGGUUAUAUCCGUGCUCCUCAUUCGGGUAACUUUGUUUUUAGUGUUACUACUAACAGUAACGUUCGUGUUGAAUUGGAUGGUGUGGAGAUAAUUAACAACGGACUAGUUCGUGAGGGUGACUCUGAAUCCGGCUACCGUUAUUUUAUAAACCCUAUGCUUCGUGGCGCUAGGCUAACAUCGCAAUCUCAGCAGCUUGUUGGAGGUCGUUUUUACAGGAUUCAAUUGGAAUUCAGUCAUUCUCAGCAGUAUCACUAUAGACCCAGUGAAUCCGUUCUCAAAUUAGAGUGGUCCUCAUUGAGACUGCCUCUUGAGGUAAUAAAGGACUAUUUAUACACGAAAGCAGUCGCACCGCGUCUAUCCAUCAGUUAUUUAUCGCAUGACCAUUUCAUUAUUCACACUGCUAUGAAUGGAGUUUUGGCCUUUAUGGAUGAUGACACAGCAUUUUUGAAUGAUUUAUCAAAUGACCUCAUAGGCACUACAUUGUUGCGUACACUUCGAUCACCAGGCUACCGGACGUUUGUAUUACAACUUAAUGUUACCUGUGCUAUAUACGUUGGAUAUAUAUCUGACGUGAUACCCAUAAGCACUGUGACUGAAGACGCCCUCGAGUUUAUUGGAUGUCCUGGAUCAUUAGUACAUCUAGUUGAUGGCACGGACGCCCCCAAACGUCUACAUUUAAAGCGCGGUAAACUACAGCGUGGCCAUACUUAUACAUUCCACGUGGAGGUAAAGAAUUCACCGUUCUUUAUAUUCCUAUCGAUGCGUGACUUUUCUGAGCCUUUACAGGGUGAGGGUCCAAUUAAGGUAUUAUCUAUUCCUGACACCGAGUUAUACCUCAGCUGUUCUGAGUCCUCUAGUAUAGGUGAUGGCUUCGGGUGCACUGCUGGUUUAUCUGGUAAGCUACUUGACCAGAAACACGCCAUUUGGCGUCCAACCGAGGGUCCUGGAUCGUGGUUAAAGUUAGUAUUCCGUCGUCCUGUACUGGUUACUGGAUUCCAGAUAAAGCAGAGCGACGACCCUUCUCGAUGGGUUCGUCGGAUAUCACUUGACUACGAUGACGGUUCUGAAUUUUUCGAGCUUUUGCAUUCAAAUGACCCUAGGUCUAAUUUAUACCACCUAAAUGAGCCUCGUUCAUUGAAUCAGGUCAUACUACGUAUCGAUGAGCUCUACACCAGUGCCCAGUCUACUGCCUUAGGUAUUAAUUUCCUGGGUCAGAUGCUAUCUGAGGAGUCAGCAGGACUUCGUCGCGUGCUAAUGAAUUGUCAUGAUACAUUAUCUGACAACAUUGAUGUCCAGCCUUUAUCUGAGGGUCAUUCGUACGAGCUUGUCUGUAGUCGUCGCUGCUUUGAUGUAUCAUCUCCAUUGGGCAAAGUCGAGGUACAUGACAUUUCUAAACCGCCGUGCGCCGCUCUUAAUAUUGACUUAUGUCGUGCUGGUGGUGAUCACUCAGUAUGCCACGCUGCAAUAACUAUAAUGAAGAAAUCUGAACCCGGUACUGACGAUGUAUUUGGUUAUGUGUUAUCAAGGCUUGAUCGUGGUGUUCGUGAUGUACCUUUUCGUGCAUCUAUUUUGUUUAAAACGGGUACCAACAGAUUCCCACAGCAUAACUUCUUUGUGGACAACGGUUCUUUGAAGGGUCCUGUGGAUACUUCUUAUAUUCGUCAAAUUGGUGCCAACCCUCGUAUGGGUGAGGUAUCAUACGGAUGGCUUCGACCUAAUGUAAGUGACGUCUACGAGCUGGGCAUAGCAUUGCCAUUACCUGUGGAAUCUCAGAAGUGCAUUCAAACUCCUGGGUGCCAGCCUAACUUCUGGUCUAUUGAUUUACCUCGCAAUGGCCGCUACAAGAUCGAGUUAGUUUUGGGCAAUUCGGUAUCUUCGGAUGUAACUACUGUGGACGACAUAGUUCCCAAUGGCGCUUUGGUUCCUCAGCGUCUGUGUUUGGAGGUUAAUGGUCAGGUAGUCCUCAACUGUGUUGAGAUUGCUGGCGGUUCACUUUACACCUUGGUCAAGGAGAUUGAGGUGCGCAACAACUUGCUGAAGUUGACUUCUACUAGCAGCAACAGCUCGUGUGCGAACUAUCGUACGCGCUUACAAUUUGUCAAGGUCACUGAGAUGUAAGCAUUCUAAAUGUUAGUUCCAUAUUGUAUGUGUUAGUUAAUAUAUCACUUAUUGU